UCUUCCAAAAUGCCUAGAAAACGACACGAAGAAAGAUCCUCCUCCUCUUCUUCCUCCUCCUCUAGCUCGUUUCCUCGAACUAAAAGCUCUCCAUCUCGCCCUCGCGCAUCAUCUUCAAGCAGCCGCUCUACUAGUAGUAGUAGUGGCAGAUCUUCUCCUCGCCCUCGAUCAACAGCUUCACACAGCCCAUCUAUUCAUACUGAAAGAUCUUCUCCACGUCCUUCAAGCUACAGUUCACCUCCUAAGACUGAAAGAUCUACUCCACGCACUGCAAGCUACACUCCAUCUCCUCAGACUGCUAGUCAUGACUCCCACUCGAGCGAAAAUACUAGUAACGAUCAUGGCUUCUUCUCGAGGGGACGUAGUAGUAGUAGUGAUGAUGAUUAUGACUUCUUCUGGAGGAGACGUAGAAGUAGUAGUGAUGAUGAAGGGAUGUUUUCUGGUUUCAUAGACGAAAUUAAGGAUGCUAUAGAAAACUACCGAGCCUCUAAGAAAGACCCUGUAGCAGCAGCAGCCGAAGUUGCAAGUACCAGUGGUUCUAUUGCAUGUGUCACUCAAGCCAAAGCUUUCCAAGAUUGCCUCGACGAGUUUGAAACAGACAUCAGUAAAUGUCAGUCGUUGAUGGACAUGUGGUGUAAGUGCAAGAAGAGUUCCAAGCCAACCAUCUAAUUCUUAUUUGCAAGUUACCAAACAGUUCUUGAAAUUUGUAUUUAUGAAGAAAAGAACUCUCGCUCAUGGUCUUUUAUCCUUUCUGUAAAGAUUUAGGAUCUUGCAAUUCUCUAUAUGUCAUGCUUUUCAUUUUUGUGUUUGAUGUCAAUAAAGAGAAUAACAUCAAGGGCUUAAAAACUAUUUAACAAAUAUAAAGGUCAAUUAAGAAUAAAUAUAAAGUUUGAGUCCUUCGAUGCAAUUUAUC